GACCGGGAUUAAAUCGCAUGUGAGGUUAAAGUUAACUCCAGUACUUCAACCCUUAAAACAUUAGGUUGUUAAAACGAAGAAGCCGUUUUAGUCGAAGUGACAAAAUGAUUCAGUUUCAGUGAAAGCAGACUUAAAUCAAAUCAGAUCUCCGCCUCGUUCAUUCAUUGCGCAACUCUGAGGCGUUGGAGAGGAAGCUUCCCAAACGCUCGAAGGAUAUUGCAAAACGUGCCUUUCCUGUGAAUAUGGAGAAGUGGCACGACAGUUCUGAGGUAUAGGAGUCCGGUGAAGACACGCUGUCUCUUUAAGUUAAAGAAAUGUACAAGACUGGAGCAGACAGAGCGACUUCAUUGAAGGGAAUCAUGAUGCCUUGGGAAGGACUGUAGAUUCCCAGUUUUUACGCUGAGCAAGCACAUGAAGUUCCUCUGAAACGUCUGCUCUUUAAAGAAGAAAACUCUUGUGUAAGAAUGACAGCUCAGUUUUAACCAGUCGAAUGGUGGAUCGCUUCAGCUCUAGUCAGCACUUCCCAUGGAUCUGGAUGGAGAAGAGGGAAGCGAGAGCAGAAAUUCAACAUUUUGCAAUCUUAUUUUCAAAAAUGUCUGUUUUGUAGUUAGGGCCUGAGCAUGCGUGGAUAUGGGUCGGUUGUCCCUCGUUUUUCUGCUGGCUUUUCUUCGGGCAGCUGAAUGUGCCGUAAUAUCAAACAAGGACCCUUCAGGUUCAGACUCCUGCAAGGACUAUGGACAGGCGUUUGAACGGAUUUUCGCAGUUCCGGGGGAAUCGCCGCUAUUGGAGUGUCCGUUGCAGAUCCAGUAUUUCUUCGAUCCUGCAGAAACGCCGUACAAUGUCACAUGGCUGGAGGAGAGGAAUGGCUCUGAGGUCAUGAAGGGUCAGCCGAGCGUCGUGGUCAGAAAACAAUCGCUGUGGUUCCCCAACAUCAGCAUGGAGCAGCAGGGAACGUACACAUGUGUGAUCUGGACUCAGAGCCAGUGCUUCAGACAGGCAGCAGUGCUGGUCGUGAGCGAGAUGACGUCAGGACAGUGUGAGCGACCGCAGAGUGGAAUCCAGAUGAUCAGCGCUCAUGUGAACGACGUCCUCUCCUGCCCUCUGAGGAGAUAUCUCAAGAGCGUGGAUCAUCCCUCCAUCCAGUGGUACAAGAACUGUGAGCCUCUUCCAGAAGAUGAGAAGUUUGUUCUAAACAAGGAUAAGGAUAUACUAAACAUACGCAAUGUACAUCUCGAUGACGCUGGAUUCUACACCUGCAAAAUGACCUUUAGUUUAGAUGGAGUCGUCGGUGAAAUGGCUGAAAGCAUAGAGUGUUUAGUUCACGAUGAAUAUUUAGAGAAACCACGAGUGAUCGAGCCGGCUGGUGAGAUCAUCAGAGUCGAGAGCGGUUCAUCCAUAAGGAAGAAUUGUGUGGUUGUUGUGGCGGGCAAUGGUGGUCCCAUGGUUGAAGUGCUGUGGAAAAUUCCCUUGGAAUUUGAAGAGGUUUUCGUCUCCCAAAACAUGUCGGAUCGCAUUCAUCAGGAACCCAUGAAUGAAAGCAAAACGGAGAAUGGUUAUGUUUUUGUGCGCACACUGUCCGUGUCAGACGUAUCGUGGGAAGAUUUCUAUUUAAACUUCAUCUGUAUGGCGUCCAGCAGCCGAGGACACCCGACCGGACACUUCACACUCGUCCCCAUGGGGCCGAACCUGCUCUUGCUUCUCGGGCUUCUCCUGGGCUCGGUGGCGGUGCUUUUCGUUGUUGGAGUGCUUGUGUGUACCAUAUUCAAGGUGGAGCUGGUCUUGUGGCUCCGGACUAUGUUUCCAUUCCUCUACAAAACCACAGAUGGAGAUGGUAAGCAGUAUGACGCCUACAUCGCCUAUCCGAGAGUCCUUGAAGGCUCAAGUGAAAAGGCUGAGAUCUUUGCGAUGAGUACUUUGCCGCAGGUCUUGGAGGGACUGUAUGGUUAUAAGCUUUUCAUCCUGGGCCGGGACGGUCUACCCGGAGAAGCUGUGGUGGAUGUAGUUCAGGACGCUCUGAGCCGCUGUCGCAGACUUCUGCUGCUCUACACGGCGUCUUCGCUCUGCAGCCCGGAGGCGCAGGAAUGGGCCGAGCAGCAGACGGGUCUGUACCAAGCUAUCGUGGAGAACUCCAUGAGCAUCGUUCUCCUGGAGCUGGAGGAGAUCCGUGAGCCCGGCCGGCUGCCUCCCUCUGUGCGUCUCCUCAAGGAAAAACAGGGAGCAUUGCAAGCCUGGAAAAGAAGGAAGAGGUGGAUGGGCUGGGACAGGAAGUUGGAGGACCGUUCGACCUCACUUGACCCUCCGGCAUGCUUCUGGAGGGAGGUACGCUACCAUAUGCCUGUCAGAGGCAAAGCAAAAGAGAGAAAUUGGUUUAGUUUCUGAACGCAGUUACUCAGGGUCGAGCUGUACUGCUUGAAAUUAUGCAGUCAACCAUCUGGAGGUGAAAAGGAGCUUUAUCUUUGUCUUCACUAUAGAGUACAGGAUGACCGGACACUUUUCAGCAGCCUUUGUACCAGAGAAACUAGUAAAGAAAUAUAAACAGCCAAAAACAGUCAGCUCCAACAUGAAUUACAACAUUGAAGUCUUUUCUCUUCUCUUUAUUUUAUUUUAUUUUUUUUUUGUCAUCCUUGGCCAGGACGAGACUAACCAUUCAUGCCAUGAGGCAUUUUGAAAAUAUAUACGUAUCUUUGUUUUAUGGAGGAACAUUAUUUUGAUUUUUACUUCUGGAAGCCAGCUGUUCCUCUGAUUAUAAGCAGAACUCUUGCCGGGAAGACCCAGAGAUCUGACCUGAGGUCUGUCGAACAUGAAAGCAGGAUUGAUGUGAUUCUCAGUGUUCUCAGGUUUAUGUGGGAGGUGAAAGUGAGCUCCUGCACACCAAUCAUUCUGUGGACACAAAACAGAAAGCUGUAAAUACAAUGUCAGAUGUAAAAUUUACAAAAAAAAAAAAAAAAUACAGAAAAUAUGAAAAUAUGUAUAUAAAAACAAAAUGAUUUUUAUGAUUUUGUGCUGCAUACAUACUGUGCUCUCAUCUGUUUAUAAUGCAAAAUUGGAUUCACACACAAUCUGUUCUGCAGUAAUGUGUUUCUUGCUGGGUUUUUUUUUUUUUUACUUUCAUGAUUUUUACUCCAAAUAUUUUUAAUUUUUUUAAUGUACAGUAUGAAUUACGUAUUUACUAUGAAUAUGAAGAGACAGACGUUUUUCAAGUGCCCCUGUUGUGCUUCUUCAGAUAUUCCCUUUCAUGCAGUGUGUAAAAACGCUGUUUGUGAAUGUAGAACAUCUCAAAGAUCAAAGUGCAGAUAAAUGGAGUUAGGCUGAAUCUCAAAUGGCACCCUAAACCCUCACGGUCUUCCUCUGAGUCCACACUUUCGUGACGUAAUGUCACUUUGACUGCUGGGUAAAGUCCUCUGCGUAGCUCGCAAACUUGCGGGCUCAGUUGAAGUGCGCAUAGAGGGCGCACGGCGGCCGCAAAGGUGGCAUUUGCGAGCACACUUGAUGAAUGGGACACCCUACGGUCUCGUGGACUUAACGGAUGUGCACGCGACAGCCAUUGUAAGACCACAAGACCGAAAGUGCAUAGGAGUGUGCCAUUUGGGAUUCAGCCUUAGUGGCACACUUGUGGUCUUGAGGACUUAGAAUGUGCACUUUAAGUCCACAAGACCGUAGGGUGUCUCAUUUGUCAUUUUAGGGUACUCGCGGGCAGUGUUGGGUAGGACUGGGACAAUAUGUCGAUUCUUGAUUCGUAAUACAAAGAAUCUGGAGCGAUUCUGAUAUUUUCCGUAUGUAUCGCGAUCCUCUCUCAAAUCGAUUCUGAGCUUAGUUUUUAACAGCAGAUGGCACUACGUGCUUUAGAAACACCCGUUCUCUGCUUACUUCCAGUUCCUUACACACAUCACUUAAACCUAAUAUAAUCAUUCAUAAAGUUGGAAAAGGUUGAAGCAAAUUGCAAGGGUGUUUGCAGUGGACUGUGUUUACAUUCAUCUGCCAUCAUAAAAGCGUUCUGAGCCGAGGUGUAUUUAACCUGACAUGACUCAGCCGAACGCUCGAGCGCUGUCCAGCUCUCUUCUUUGUGAGCAUUUGAGUGUGCGGUUAAAAACUAGCCUAGAGCGCCAUCUGCUGUUAAAAGUUAAGCUCAGAAUUGAUUCGAAAGAGAAAAUAUCAUUGUAUUGUCCCCGCCCUAGUGUUGGGGUAACGCAUUACAAGUAACGUGAGUUACGGAAUCAGAUUACUUUUCCCAAGUAACUAGUAAAGUAAUGCAUUACUUUUAAAUUUACAGGAAAAGUUACUUUUUCAAACAAUUAACGCAAGUUACUUUGUUUUCCCAUUUAUUAACUGACAGCUCUCCUGUCAUGUUGAGAGGAAUCAUGAGUGUCGAGGUGUUGUGUGCAAACAUGAUGGUUAUUGUAGUUCUAGACUAAAUGUGAGCAGGCAUUUACUCAUCUCACUUGCACAAAAACAGAUUCAGUAUUCCUCAAAAUGAAUAAAAACAGUGAAAUGCAAACUCAGAAUAUUACACAGACCUGCAAUAAUUAAAUGUUAAAUAAUACAAAUAUACUUUAUGUAUUUAAUCUCACUUUAUUAACCAAUGUCUUUGCUGCUGACCUUCAAUGAUCCAAUUCAACCAUACUAAUAUGCAGAAGUAACUUUAGCUAAACAUCACAUUUGUGUUUAAUUGUUUGUUUUUGUUUUUGAAGAGUGCUGAACUUUCUUGCCUGAGCUGCGCCCUCUACUGUACAGGCGUGAAUUUGGAUUUCAUUAUUCGUUUCACUUAUGGUGUGAAAGGGCCUUGCCAAAAAUAGAACUUUUUUGUUGUUAUUAAAAAACAAACAAGCCAAGUCCAAAUGAGAAAAAGUAAAGCAAAAGUAACGUAACACAUUACUUUACAUAAAAAGUAAUGCAAUUAGUUAAAUUUUUAGGGAGAAACGCAAUAUUGUAAUGCAUUACUUGUAAAAGUAACUUUGCCAAACACUGCUCGCAAACGCCCCGUUUGAGACCGAUAUGUGCCCUCGAUGUUCACCUUCGCCGGUCCCUGAGUUUACAGCAGUCUUCUACCCAGCAGUCAAAGCGGCAUGACAUGAGUGAACGCGGAGGAAGAUCAUGAGGGCUUAGCGUUCUAUUUGGGACAGGGCCAUUGUCUCCCAAAUGAAAGAAGCGAUUCUGAACUGCCUCAAAUGAGGUGUCAGUAAUUCUAGUCUCACUUCCUGCUCAAACCUACGUAUGUUUGUAACUCAUUUGCACAAUGCCAGAAUAUGGUCUUCAUUGGCUGCCUGCGAACAAUGACGCCAUCCUAACGAGAGAGACCGGAUUCUUCAUCGCUGAGAGAAAAGAGCUGAUGCUGCAGACCUUGACCUUGGAUGAAUGUGAACCUGUUGAAGGAGACUCCAAAACAACAUUAGCAACCUUUAAAAUAGCAUAAUAAGGACACUUUAAUCUUAAAAUACCGGGUUUAUCCAUUGGUAGUUUGACUUUCUGAAAAGUGUAAUGCUUAAGUUGAAAACAUUGCUCUGUUUGUUUUGCAUCCCAUUUGCCCCAACCAAUGACAAACUAAACCUGUUUGAGGACAGUCAUUGGUUUUGCUAUUCCGUUUGGGUGUGAGAAGUACAGAAAUGACACAGAAGAUUUACAGAAAAGGUGACAACCACAAAGAGUGACCCAGAUAGUGUUCCACAGGUUUCCGUUCAAUGCUGCCAGUUUCUGUGCUGAGACUUCACUUGUGUUCAAGAGACUACAGGCAACAAAAUGUUAUUUUGUAACAAAAAAAAACUUUUUUAAACAAAUGUAAUUUUACUCUGUUUAUUAAUGUUUUUCCUCCACAUUUGUGCAGUUUUUUGGAGGAUUUAUGAUAUCUUUUAAAUUUAUAUAAAUAAAUGUAAAACUAUUUUUUCUUUCACUCAUGGGAUAACAUGGAUAAUUUGUCAUGGUUUAGUGUAAGAUUUUUGCCCAUCUUUUGGAAAAGUAAAAAAUUAUUACUUUAUCCAGUAGACGGCUGCAGAGCUCCACUCUUUGCUAUCUGACUAGUUUUUUUCAGUUGGAUUCAUAUCUACAUAUUAUGAAAUUACAAAUAUAACAAUAAAACUUACUUUUUGUCAAAGUUUA